CUAUUGUCCACGCGCUUGUCUCCUGCGUCUGCUCGUACUCAAUAAAAAACAAUUACCAGCUACGGGAAAAACAGAAAAGUGACCAGAUCUAAAUACCCUACGCCUCACUUUUUAAAAAUUAACGUCCUCGCUAAUAAAGCCUAACACACUCUUUUUACAGCAGACUGUAACAAUCAUCCCAAACUUCAAACAUCCUUUCAAAUCUCUACCAUGAUGGGAAAGCAGCUGACCGGUUUCCAGCACUCGAGGUUCAAGUUCUCCAACUUCUUCACGGACCCGUUCAUCCUCACCACUACAUCACUCGCGUUCAUCGCGUGGGCGAUCUCGUUCGGAAGUGCUAUAGCGUACGCGAGACAUGCGGCGAGUUCCCCGAAAUCCAUGAACGUCCCGCCGUUCCCAAAGUUCACAUGGUGGGGGCUCGUAUUUGAGGUCUUGUUGAUCUUCAUGAUCGUAAUCUUGUGCUGUAUGGACUUGGUGCGCUACUACAAAUCUGCGCUCUUGGGCUGCUCCGCAGUCGCUUUUAUAUACACCACCAACUCCACAAAUAUCCUAGUCUGGGCGAGCUCCGGGAACUCAUCGAUAGGCGCAUGCAGUGCGGGUAGCAUCUUGUUAUCAAUUGUCAAUAUUAUCUGGAUUAUGUAUUUCGGUGGCGAUGACAACUCGCCAACCAACCAAUACGUGGAUUCCUUCGGUUUGGGCGGUGCCACACGCAACGCAAUGAACCGUGGCAGUAGCGGCACCAUGGGCAUGUACGAACGCAACUCACUGGGCAUGUUGAUGAACAUCCCCAUCAGUCAACGCAACGGCAGCGCCGCAAAUCUCAGCAGGCAGGGUUAUCCGACCGGCACCUUACGUGAUAGUAUGCGUGGCAGCCAGUACCUCCGUCAGGACUUCCAGGAUCACAACUUGCGCAACUCCGCGCUCGGCAGGGGCAACUCCAAGAUCUCCGGUGCCAGCGGUGCCGCAUACUUGACUUCCAACCAGUUAACAGGCUUGGAAAACUUUAGUGAGCGUGACGAGGAGAUGCAUGAAUACGAGGAGUCCUUUGAUGCUGCGCCCUCACCCCACAUGGAAUCCCACAACCAGUCGCGCUCGACCCACCCGCAGAGCCAGAUCGAGUACAAGUAUAAGGCGUGCGCGUUGUAUUCUUACGAUGCCAACCCCGACGAUGAGAACGAAAUCAGCUUCAUCAAGGGUGAAAUCUUGCACGUUGACGACAUCACUGGUAAGUGGUGGCAGGCCAGACGCAGCAACGGCGAGAUCGGAAUUUGUCCGAGUAACUAUGUUGAAUUACUCGAUUAGUAUUAGUAUAAAUACAAAAUAUCGAUAAAUGUAUAUUUAAACUAUGAAGGAAUAAACAUGAAUGAGAGCGAUGUGUAUAUAUAUAUAUGCG